AUGGAGCCAGCCAGAGAAAGAGGAAUCAGUAUUGCUAUCGAUAGAGGAGGCACAUUCACGGACUGCAUUGGGAAUCCCGGCACAGGACGCUUGGAAGAUGACAUAUUGAUCAAACUCCUCUCGGAAGAUCCCACCAACUAUGCAGAUGCACCCCUUGAAGGCAUUCGUCGCAUUAUCUCCAAGUUCACCGGUCGCGAAAUACCGCGCGGGGAACCCAUUGAUACGUCGCUGAUCCAGAGCAUUCGGAUGGGGACAACCGUCGCAACCAACGCUCUGCUCGAGCGCAAAGGCGAGAAAAUUGCUCUAGUGGUCAGCAAGGGCUUCCGAGAUUGCCUUCAGAUUGGAAACCAAUCCCGACCCAGGAUCUUCGACUUGGCCAUCAAGCGCCCCGAAGUGUUGUAUGAAGAAGUGGUAGAACUGGAUGAGCGCGUUACUCUGGAGGAUUACGCGGAGGAUCCACAGCGUAAUGUCACGGCCACAAAUCGGCGAGAUCAGGCUCUGCCUGGUGAUGAACUUGUUCGGGGACUAUCUUCCGAGGCCAUUCGCAUUCUAAAACGUCCCUCCGAGGAGAAGGUAAGGGCACAGCUGCAAAGGGUCUAUGAUAAAGGCAUUCGAAGCAUAGCAGUAUGUUUGAUGCACGGAUACACCUUCCCCGACCACGAGGCGCUGGUUGGACGACUUGCCGCGGAGAUUGGCUUUCAGCAUGUGAGCCUGAGCCAUCUGCUUAUGCCCAUGAUCAAGCUUGUCCCGAGAGCUACUUCAGCCUGUGCGGAUGCCUAUUUAACCCCUACCAUCAAGAAGUACAUCUCGGGGUUCCAAGAUGGCUUCAACAGCGGUCUUGGGAGCGAGAGUGUCAAACAACAGGAAGGUGCCCGAGGUGCACGCUGUGAAUUCAUGCAGUCGGAUGGAGGAUUGGUCGAUGUCAACCAGUUUUCAGGUCUGCGAGCCAUCCUCUCCGGGCCCGCUGGUGGAGUUGUUGGCUAUGCGUUGACCUCAUAUGAUCACGCGUCGAAAAUCCCCGUGAUUGGCUUCGAUAUGGGUGGAACAAGUACCGAUGUGAGCCGCUAUGGCUCGGGUCGCUAUGAACAUGUAUUUGAAACCACCACGGCUGGGGUGACCAUACAGUCCCCUCAGUUGGAUAUCAGCACAGUAGCCGCCGGCGGUGGCUCCCGGCUGUUCUUCCGCAACGGGCUCUUUGUUGUUGGCCCAGAAUCAGCAGGGGCUCACCCAGGACCCGCGUGUUAUCGCAAGGACGGCCCGUUAACCGUCACAGAUGCCAAUCUCUUCCUCGGGAGACUGGUUCCUGACUUCUUCCCCAAGAUAUUUGGUCCGCAUGAAAAUCAAGGCCUGGAUGAACAGACCAGCCGGCGGCUAUUCGAGCAAUUGACCCAGGAAAUCAACCGCGAUAUGGCUCGAGAGGCACAGAACAAAGAAAUGACCCCUGACGAGGUUGCUUUCGGGUUUAUCAAGGUUGCCAACGAGACGAUGGCUCGGCCUAUUCGGUCUUUAACCGAGGCCAAAGGCCAUGAUACAUCGAAGCACAGACUGGCGACCUUUGGCGGGGCAGGCGGACAGCAUGCGGUGGCCAUUGCUGAAAGCCUGGGCAUUCGACAAAUUUUAAUACAUCGGUAUUCGUCUGUGCUGUCUGCAUACGGCAUGGCGCUGGCCGACGUGGUUGACGAAAGUCAGGAGCCCGAAUCCAAAACAUGGAGUGAUGAGCGAGGGGUGCGCCAGGAGCUUGCAGAGCGGAUGGACGAACUAAAGAACAGAUCUGCACGAAGACUACACGACCAGGGCUUCGAUAAUGAAUCUAUCGUCUUCGAGGAAUAUUUGAACAUGCGAUACCGGGGCACGGAAUCGGCCCUCAUGAUCCUAAAACCCAGGAAAGAAGAAGCCGACCACCUCUUUGGCGGCGACGCCUGGGCCUUCGGCAAGGCAUUCAUCCAACAGCACGAGCAAGAGUUCGGGUUCACCCUACCCGACCGUGACAUCAUCGUGGAUGAUGUGCGGGUGAGAGGAAUUGGGAAGAGCUUUAAGGCGACUGAGAAGACCGUCGAUCAACAACUCCAGGAAGCAAAGCCCAAGGAUGUGAUUGGUCACGAAUAUCGAAGCUCCCAGGUGUACUUCGAAGGUGGGCGGCGCGAAACACCCAUUUAUAAACUCGACGAUCUGCAUAUCAACGACCGCGUGCAGGGGCCGGCGAUUCUGGUCGAUGAUACCCAAACGAUCGUGGUGCCCCCCGAAGCCUCGGCACUCCUCAUCAAAACUCAUGUUAUCAUCAACAUCGGGGCCACCGAUGCCGCUCCUCCCCAGAUCAGCACUAACUCUGUGGAUCCAAUUCUCCUCAGCGUUUUCUCUCACCGGUUCAUGGCUAUUGCGGAGCAGAUGGGGCGCGCCCUACAGAAAACCAGCGUAAGCACCAACGUUAAAGAACGACUCGAUUAUUCGUGUGCAUUGUUUGAUCCAGAAGGCGGAUUGGUCGCAAAUGCCCCUCAUCUGCCAGUCCAUCUGGGUAGCAUGUCUACCUGUGUACGGAUGCAAGCCCAAAUCUGGCAGGGCAAGCUGAAGCCGGGCGAUGUGAUUGUCUCCAACCACCCCGAGUUUGGAGGCACCCAUCUCCCCGACAUUACCGUCAUCCAGCCCGCUUUCAACCAGGGGGAGAUCAUCUUCUAUGUGGCAUCAAGAGCACAUCAUGCUGAUAUUGGCGGGAUUCUGCCUGGAUCCAUGCCACCUCACUCCAAGGAACUCUAUCAAGAGGGCGCCGCGAUCAAGAGUGAAAAACUGGUGUCCGAAGGCAAGUUCAAUGAGCACCGUAUCACCGAGCUGUUAUAUAAGGAGCCGGCCCAGUAUCCGAACUGCAGCGGCACUCGAUGUCUCGCAGACAACAUAAACGACCUCAAGGCCCAGAUUGCUGCAAACAAGAAAGGAAUUAACUUGAUCGGCACGUUGAUUGAAGAGUAUGGCCAAGAUGUGGUGUUAUUCUACAUGCAUCAAAUCCAAGAUAAUGCAGAGCUUAGUGUGCGCAACCUACUGAAAGAGAUCAGCCAGAAGUUCGCUGGCCGCAACCUCAAUGCUAUUGACCACAUGGAUGAUGGGACUCCAAUCCAGUUGAAGAUAUCAAUCGAUGGGGAGAAAGGCGAGGCGGUGUUUGAUUUCGAUGGAACUGGCCCAGAGGUAUAUGGCAAUAUCAACGCCCCGGAAGCAGUGACAUACUCUGCAAUCAUUUAUUGCUUGCGAAGCCUGAUUUCCGCCGACAUCCCACUGAAUCAGGGCUGUCUGAAGCCGAUUGACGUCCGCAUCCCCCCGAAGAGUCUCUUGUCGCCAUCUGAAUCCGCAGCGGUCGUUGGAGGCAAUGUAUUGACGAGUCAACGGGUAACCGAUGUCAUCCUAAAAUGCUUCCAGGCUUGCGCUGCUUCCCAAGGUGAUACCAACAACCUAACCUUCGGAUUCGGAGGCAAUCUACAAGGAGAAACCGAGACAAAAGGCUUUGGUUAUUACGAAACCAUCGCCGGUGGGAGCGGAGCAGGCCCUGACUGGGAAGGCACUUCGGGAGUACACACCCAUAUGACCAAUACGCGUAUCACCGAUGCGGAGGUUUUCGAGCGACGAUAUCCCGUUCUGCUUCGAGAGUUUAGCCUCAGGGCCAACUCCGGGGGUGCUGGUCAGCACCGCGGCGGAGAUGGCGUUGUCCGAGACAUCGAAUUUCGUACUCCCGUACAAGUCUCCAUCCUCUCCGAGCGCCGAGUUUACCAUCCCUAUGGCCUGCAGGGAGGCGAGGAUGGCCAAUGUGGCCAGAACCUCUGGGUGCGCCGAGUCCAGAAUGCUGACGGAGGCUGGGAGGAUCGAUAUAUCAGCCUCGGUGGGAAAAAUUCGGUCCAAAUGCAACCAGGCGAGCGGAUCAUCAUUUCUACCCCCGGAGGUGGAGGAUGGGGCCGAGUCGGAGAACAGCGCCAGCUUACCCACGAGCAAGAUGCUCGCCAUGCCUGGCGAGGCGGUUCUCUUGCCAACCGGUUGGCCACGCAAGAAGCCAGCAUGUGA